GCAGACGUCGCACCGCAGCUCAGCUCGACUCUCUGACAGGUUUCGGUUGUUUCAAACUGUUAAACCGAUAAACGCAACACGAUCUGGAAUUUAACGAUGAGAAAGAGCGAGGUGCUUGCAGCAGAGGCUGUGUCGUGCCUGAAUAAAGCACUGUGCCAUCUGAAGGACAUUUGGGAGGAGAUCGGUAUCCCCGAGGACCAGAGACUACAGAGAACAAAUGUCGUCAAGAACCACAUUAAGAGCUUAUUAGAUAUGAUGAUCAAAGAAGAGGAGUCUCUGAAGAAGAGGCUCAUAAGCAGCAUUCAGACAUGCAGGACAGAAAAGGAGAAACUCUGCCUGGAGCUUCAGCUAUCUGUGUUUGAGGAAGAGGAUGGUAUUAGCAUGCUCCAGCAAGAGAAGAACAUCCGCACACAGAUGGAGGCUCUGGUAAAGGAGAAGACUCAGCGGAUGCAGCAGCUGAAGGCUCUGCUGGAGCAGGACCAGGACCUGUGCGACAUCCUGUGCUCCAUGCCGUACGGCAUCGCGCCCGACUCUGUGCCUUCACUGGAGCAACUGGAGAACUUCGGUCAGCACAUCACCAACCAGAACCAAGAGAAGGCAAAGCGACAUGCUGAGUUCAUGGACCUCAAAAAGCAGAUAAUCCUGUACAUGGAGGAGCUGGACCACAUCCCUGAGACCAGUUUCGAGAAGGACGUGGUCUGUGAGGUUGAGGAGUCCUUUUGUCUUUCCAGAGACAAUAUUACAGCUCUCAAACUGCUCGUGUGUCAGCUGGAGGAACGCAAGGCUGAGAACGAGGCGAUGUGCGAGACUCACCGAGAAAAGAUCCAGCAGCUGUGGGACCGACUGCAGGUUCCCCAAGAGGAGAGAGAGGUCUUCAACGAACACAUGGUCGCAUCCAAGAAGAGGAACCUGGAAGCGUUAAAAGCAGAGGUUCAGCGUCUGGAGGAGCUCAAACUGCUAAACAUCCGGAACGUCACGGAUGCCAUCCGCUCCGAGAUCGCUGUAUUUUGGGAAAAGUGCUUCCUCAGCGUGGACCAGCGACAGGCUUUUGUGCCAUAUUUUAGCGAGGAUUUUACUGAAGAGCUGUUGAGUCUGCAUGAUGCUGAGAUCCAGCGCUUGAAGCAGCAUUAUGAGGAUCACAAAGAGCUUUUUGACGGAGUUCACCGAUGGGAGGAGAGCUGGAGACUCUUCCAAGAGCUGGAGAAAAAAGCCACAGAUCCGACAAGAUUCACAAACCGAGGAGGGAACCUUCUCAAAGAGGAGAAACAGAGGUCCGAGCUGCAUAAAAGCCUUCCCAAGCUUGAAAAGAAACUAAAAGCCCAGAUUGAUGCGUGGGAAAGUGAACAGGGUCGCGAGUUUCUCGUGAGUGGCCAGAAGUUUCUGCAGUAUGUGGAGGAGCAGUGGGAGCUGCACCGAAUAGAGAAAGAGAAGGAGAAACUAGAAAGGCACCUGAAGAAGAGCAAACAGACUGAGGAGGAUAUGCUGUACGGAACAGCAGUACGAACCCCAACCAAGCGCAGAUUCCUGGGCACCACGACACCAAAUAAAACACGAAAGGGUCCAGCAUCACGGACGCCAGGAGGCAGUAAGCCCCCCCACCCACGAAUACAGAGCUGUAACAAGGAGAACGAGGCCCAUUUGAAGGGGUCCCCUCUGAGUGGUGCGUUGCUGACCCCCGUUAGUCCACAGCGUAACUUCAGCAUAGCCUCUGUUGCCAGCACAUAUUCAGAGUUUGUGAGGGACUUGGUCAACACUGAAUCUGUUCAGUCAAGCGAGACCUGUCCCAGGCCUCUAACACCAAGGUCCAGCACGACGUCUUGAACUCUACCACCACCAACCUUUGACCGCUACUCUCUGAUGACGACCGCCCCGGCUAGAAUAUCAUAGUCCUUCCAAUGAAGUUCUGAUCUCCUACAAGAUGGAUCACUACCUGUCACUGCUAUUUGCUUUUAUAUAUAGAUGAAGGUAAUAAUAUAUUAAGUUUUAAGUCAAUGAUACACAAGGGACAAGGAAUCAAUUGCCAUUUACUGAAUCUUUGCCCUGUCACUGUCUCAAAGAGGAAAAAAAUGUUUGUAUCAUAAGUUAAACUAACACUACUUUGGCUAUCUGAUUGUGCCAGUUACUGAGAUGUAAUAAAAGUUAUCUGCGUCUUGUACCGCACAGCUUUAAAAUAUGUAAAAAGGAAAGCGAGUUUUGCUUCAUGAAGUUAUGCAAUCUGGAGUUACAGGCCAAAUGUAUUAUCAAUACUUUGCACUUUCUUUUAUUUAGAAAAUAUAUUGCAGCGCAUAGUGUAAUUUUAUACACACUCACACUGUUCCUUCCAAAUCUGUUUUUAUACAUGUAUGUAUUUGUGUAUAUAUUUCGGUAUCUUCUGUUCUCGUCUCUCUUCCCUUUGACAAAGAUGUUAGUUGUUUAAACAGGCUGUUAAGACUGUUGGUAAAAAUGUGUCAUACAUUGGUGCUGUAUAGCAGUUUAAAUGUAGUUAAAUCACAUGGAUUUGAUACACUAUCAUGGCUGAUUUGGAAAAGCUUGUCAAAAUAUAUUAAAUGCAUUUUCUCUUGAAGAGCACAGAAUGACAGUUUCCUACGAUGACAAUGAUUUUUUUUUUUUUUCCCUCCCUGACCAAAGCUUGUGCUGCCAAACAAAAUAUCCAAAUUCACGUUCUCUCACGGUUACAAUAAUGUGAUUUUAGCACAAACUAAAUACAGUGUAUUUUAAC